CACCCCGCCCCCCUAAUGCACAUUCCCCGGCCGCCGGCGCCACCUCGGCGCUCAUUGCUGCAAUCUGGAAACUCCAGGGCCACCGAGGGGGGACCCCCGGCUCGGGACGGCACCCCCCGAAUCCGGAAAUGCCGAGUCCUCGUUCCGGAGGGGAAGGCCAAGGUUUCCGGGAACGCGGCCCCUCCCCUCCUCCUCCUCCUCCUCCUCCUCCUCCUCGCCGGCCCCUAUAAAUGGGACCCACGCGCCCGGGCGCGCCCACAACAGUUCUUUGCACCCAGACCAGGUCCAGGUCGGGUCGCCAUGGGUCUCCGCGUCGCCCGCAACCUCCUGCCCGCGCUCCUAGCUUUGCUCGGCACCCUUCUGCCAGCGCCUGAGGCGGCCCAGGUCUCUGUGUACCCUCCAGAUGCCACCAUCCCCGUGGGUGGCUCUCUGCUGGUGAACUGUAGCUCUGAUUGCAACUCCCUGGGGCUGGAGACCAUCUUGUCCAAAGAGAGUAGAGGAUUCGGAGGGGCAGAGGAUACCUUCUGGAAAGCCUUUCUGCUGAACGACAUACAGGAAGAUGACACCCCCAAGUGCUUCUCCAAUUGUGGCGGGGUGCAGUCCAUGGCCUCCAUGACUGUCACUGUGUAUGCCUUCCCAGACCGCGUAGACCUGGCCCCUCUGCCCCCCUGGGUCCCCGCGGGUGACAACUUCACCCUGAGCUGCCAUGUGGCCGGAGGGGCACCCCGGAAGAGCCUGAGCGUGGUGUUCCUCCGCGACAAAGAGGAACUUGGCCGGCUUUCUGCCGAGGGGGAGGACCCCAUCAAGAUGACAGUCACCGCGAGGAGGGAGGACCACGGGGCCAACUUCUCCUGUCGCUCCGAGCUGGACCUGCGACCCCAAGGGCUGGAGCUGUUUCAGAACAGCUCAGCCUCCCAGCACCUCCAGAUCUUCGUUAUGCCGACAACACAGCCGAGCCUGGUGAGCCCCAAAGCGGUAGAAGUGGGGACCACGUGGAACCUGGACUGCUCCCUCGACGGCUUGUUCCCAGCCUCAGAGGCCAAGGUCCAUCUGGAGGUCGGGGGACAGCAACUGAACCCCAAGAUCACACCCAGGACGGAUGCCGUCUGGGCCCAAGUGGCAACAAAGUGGGAGCAGGAGGGGGAGCUGGAGCUGAAGUGUGAGGUGACUCUGGCAGGCCAGAGACGUGAGGCGGUGGAGAACGUGACUUUCUACAGCUUCCCAGCUCCCAGUCUGACCCUGAGUGCCUCGGAGGUGCCAGAGGGGACCGAGGUGAAGGUGGAGUGCGAGGCCUUCGCUGGAGCCUUGGCGACCCUGAGAGGAGCCCCAGCCAGACCCCCGGCCCCAAAGAGCCACUUCACAUUCAGUGCGAGCGCCCAGGACCACAGACGGCUCUUCCUGUGUUCCGCGACCCUGGAAGUGGCAGGACAGAAGUUCCACAAGAACCAGAGCCGGGAGCUCCACGUCCUGUAUGGCCCGCGACUCAGCGACAAGGACUGCCCCGGAAACUGGACAUGGGAGGCCGGCUCGCAUCAGACCCUGCGGUGCCAGCCCUGGGGGAACCCCACCCCCAAGCUGGACUGUCGCCGGAAAGGCGAUGACGCCCCCUUACCCAUUGGGGACCUGAAGCCUGUCAAGGCGGAGAUUCGGGGCACCUAUGUGUGUCACGCCAGCAGUCUCCUGAAAACUGUCACUCGGGAAGUGGUCGUGGAGGUCAUCAGCCCAGAUUAUACUUUGAUCAUCAUUAUCGGGGUGGUCCUUGUGGUGGUCUUGACCGUCGCGGGGUUCCUGGGCUACCACUACAACCGCCAGAGGAAGAUCCGGAAAUACGAAUUGCAGAAAGCCCAGGAAGAGGCCGCCUUGAAGUUGAAUCCACUGACUGCGCCCCCUGAAUGACCACGCCCCCUGAAUGACCACGCCCCGAGCCUGGCCAAUGGCUGGACCUCACUGGCCUUACCCUCUGUUUCUGGCCAAUGACAGGAGUUCCAUGGCCGCACCCCCAACUCCUGGCCAAAUGAUAGGCGCUCCUUGCCACGCCCCCUGCUCCUGGCCAAUGCUCCAGUGAUUUACAUGGAGAGGGAGAAUUUUUUUUUUUUUUUUUUUUUGUAAGGCCUCCGUUGGAGACACUGCAUUUGGGGGUCAUGGCCACCUGCAAGUCUGGAGUUCCACGCCCUUGACCUGAAACUCCUGGACCCAGCCAACUGGAGGGGACGACAAUCUGGGAUGACCCAGCUAGAGUCGGAGCAAGGGGAGGACGCACUACCCACACUUCGUCUUGGGGUGACAUCCCAUCCCCUUUCCCCAAGGGAUCCCGUCCUGAUGGCGUGCUCCAAGAUCACGCAGCCCCAGGCAAGCUAUGCGACAUGGCACCCCAAGUGCCCAGACUUUUGUAUAUCAUCUCCUCACCCCCGCGUCCCGAACCCCCUCCCUCGAUGGAGGGUCUAUUUAUUCGUUUCUUUGAGGAAAGUUAUUUAUUGAGGGUUUUUUUUUUUUUUUUCCUAUGGGGACAAGAGGGAAGACUACUAGGGUGCGGUUGUUGAGGCUGUACACUGCGCAAAGCCAACCAGAAAGUUCAUCUAGGAGUUGGGAUUGGAAUUCCCCAUCUCUGCUGGCGGGCAAUGGGGAUGUGGCUUUUCAACUGGCUAAGUGCCCAGGGCAAGACUGCUGAUCCUUAGUCACCCCCAUUCUUCCCAACCCCACCCCUAAACCCAGAUCAUGGCCUCUGCUGUCAAAGCCUUAAUACACAGUACCUCCAGUAAAUUUGGUGGUGUGCCCCUGAGCUAGCCCACUGGGUAAGGCUCACUCUCAGGUUGGAACCCCCCCAGUACUGCAUGGGAGGCCCCGUGCCACCAGAGGAAGGUCUUGGUGAGCUCCCCCCCCCCCCCCCCGCCAUGGCAGCUAAACCACCGAGUCUCCUGAGACCAGGCCCCCUGCUGGUUUGUCUCUGGCUUCCAUCUCUGUGACUCAGCACCAAGAGAACAUUCAGGCAAUGCCAACCCCCCCCCCACACACACACACAGAGAGACAAGGUACAAAAGAGGGGCGGUGGAGGAGAUAGCUCAGUGCAUUGAAAUGCAACGCUUGCAUGCCGGAGGGCCCCCAGUUUGAGUUGAACAGUGCUCUGGUCUCUGUCUCUUGUGAGUAAAUAAAUCUUUCAAACAACA